GACCACCCUUUCAAAGUUGGUGAGUAACGCAUAAAGUAAUCUGUAUUGUGCGGAUAUGGCUCUGCUUAAUUGAUUCUCACUUCUAUGAAACUGGUUUUUACGUAUAUCGUCAAAGUGUUUCUGUCGAAAAGUGUUAACAAAACAGUCGAAAUACUAUUAGCUGAUAAUUACUGCAUCGAGGAUUUCAAUGCAAGGAACAAAUAUUGCAACUUCAUCAUUAUCUCAAGCAUCUCAACCACAAUUAUGGUCUCCUAUCAAUCCAAUAACUCAUCAAAAGACAAUGACCCCUACACAGACUGUUUACAGUGCUGAUGUUCUGGCUUCCACAGUACCAUCAUCACAACCACUAGCAUGUUAUUCACAACCUAUUUCUCAACCCAUUCAAGCAAGUCAUAUAAGCUCAGAACUACCAGCAGAUGGACCUCUUGUGUCUGAUUGUUAUGCUGCUCUUUUGGGAUUGGCUGAAACUUUCAGGACAAUGAGUCCUCCUAAUAUGCGACUUGCCGUUCAUUGUCUCAAAGCUAUUCUUCAGUUCAAACUUUCUGUCAAUCUAGAAGCUCGCACACAUUUACAACUGGGACGGCUACUGUUUCAUUAUAGCAAAAGCGAUGAACAAACAAAAUUUCACUUGGAAAAGGCUCGUACUUUGGGAGCACAUCUAAAAGCUAGUGAUGAUUCCAUCAAAUUUGAAGCUGCUACAUUGUUAGCUGAGUUCUUUGAAAGAAAAGGUAAACGAUAUGAAGCAACUUGUAUUCUAAAUGAUGCCAUCAGAUUAUCAAAUAACAGUCCAUAUUGGCAUUGUCGAAUCUUAUUGGAACUGGCACAAGCUCAUAUUGCUGAACGAGAUGUGAAUUCAGCUUGUGAAAUAUUGGCAAUGGGCUCAGAAUAUGCACGUUUACAUAAUUCCGAUUAUACAAAUGGUUUAUUUCUAUUAAGUAAAUGCAUGUUACUUUUGGCAAGUAGACAACUUCCGGAAGUUACAGUCACAUUAACCAAUGUUAGUCGAUUAAUUGAACAAUUCAAAGGAAAUAUGUAUCAUCGUGAAGCUUUACGUGUAUUUUACCUUGUUCUACAUGUUUCAUUUUAUCUUAUUUCUGGUCAAGCAAAAUCUGCCCAUCCAAUAUUACGACAACUACAUCAAAGUAUUCAACAAUUUGCUGCUAUGGAUGAAGCUGAUACUACAUCAACAAAUGAAAUUGAACGAUUUCAUUGGAUGCCUCGUGAACAUAUGGUUAUACUAGUUUACCUUGUUACGGUGAUGCAAUCAAUGCAAGCUGGAAUGUUGGAUAGAGCUAAACGAUCAGCUGAAAAAGCAUUAAUACAAAUUGAAAAACUAUCUGUAUUCGAUACUAGUCCAUUACUUACUGUAUUCCAUUUAAGUUUACUAGAACAUACGGCUAUGGGUCGUUUAGUAAUGGGUGUACAAACAGCAGCUGCACAAGAUAUUGGUCAAGCAUAUCGAAUAUGUCAAGCGAAUCCUGCACUAAUGUAUAAACGCCUCCCACAGUUGCAUACUUUAAUUGGCUUGUAUGCUAUGUCAAUGAAUUGUAUGAAUCAAGCGGAAAAUCAGUUUAAGUAUGCUUUAAGACUUAUUGCUGGACCUCAACAAGUUACUGGAUGUCGAACAACUAAUCCAAAUGAUAAAAAUCUUUUAAGUUUAACAAAUUCUACCAGGGCAUCAUGUCAACCAGAUGGACCACGUGAUUCUUUGUCAGUAUUAAUUUGUCUUAAUUUAGCUUUAGUACAUAUUCGGAAAGGUAAUACGGUUGAAUGUGAAGCAUUGUUAAAUGAAGUAUUUUCAUGUGGUAUCCAUGUACUUGAAGGUUGUUGUUGUCUUCGUGCUGCUGCAGAUUAUGUACGAGCAUUUCAAGCAUUUUAUGAAAAUCGACUAACAGAUGCAAAAUUAUUUUUACGUGAAACUGUACGAUUAGGGAAUGAAGAAGAAUUGCAUCGUUUAUCAGCUUCAGCUUUUAUUACCAUGGGUCAAAUUCAUUUAAAUGAACAAAAUACAGCUGAAGGUCAUAAAAUGAUUAGUGCAGCUAUUCACAUAGCUAAUCGUUUACCUGAUAUAGGAAUUCAAUUAUGGGCAACUGCUUUACUUAAAGGUGUUGCUAAUCUACGUGGUGAUACACAAGAAGAAACUCGUUGGUUUACUGAACAUGAUCGUUUUUCAAAAAUUGUAAUACAUGAACAUAUGCGUGCUAUUUCCGCCCCAGAACAUUCACUUAUUGAGUGGUUAGAUGGACCAUUGCCAGAACUUCAACCACCGCAUACAGUUGCAUCGACUUCAGAUACUAAUUUAAUAUAAUUCAUUGUUCCUAUCAAUAGAAAUAACUGAUCUCCUUAUAUAAAAAGUAUUAUCUUUUCUUUUUUUUUGUUGGUUUGAUAAUACUUACUCCAUUCUAUUCAUUCUCCAUAUGUAUUGUUCCCUUUUCUUCUAUCUCUCUCUUUCUCUCUCUCUUCCUCCCCCCCCCGCAAAUUACAUCGAAAUAGGCAUAGUUUUUAAAUAGAAUUCAGUUGAUAUUCAAUUAAAUUUAUGAUUUCUAUCUCACCAAAAACAAAAAAAACAAACAUUUUGUAUUUAUUAUUCAUUUACUACUACUACUGCUACUACUACUACUAACUAUUGUUAGUAAUCAUAAUGAAGAUUUUUCUAUCCUUGUACAAAGAAAAUUAAAUAAACAAAUAAACAAAACAAUUUAACAUUUGAGUUGUUUUUAUCUUUCAGAAAAUUUUUUUUCUCUUUUGUCACUCAGCAACAAGAACAACAAUGACAACAACAUCCACAGCAACAACACCACCACCACCAAUUGUAUUUAUAUUUAUCAUUAUGUAAUAAUAAAUAAGUCAUUCAUUUUGUUUUGUUUUGUUUUAAUUUUUGUUUUGUUUUAAUGUUUGAUUUAUAUUGAUGAUGAUGAUUAUUAUUAUUAAGGUUCUUUUGUUUAUUUCAUAAUUCAUGAAUAACGAAUUCAAAUAGUUUUUGUGUAAAACAAACAAAAGUAUACAGUUGAAAAGAAUAAAAAAAAAGUAUCAUUUAAAGGGA